GAGAGUGAUGGAUGCAUCACGCUCUCCCGAUUAGCCUCUUUUCAUCUUCUCAAAGGAGCGCACCUCAAAGAUAAUAGCGCCGGUCGGGAAUCACCACCAUGGCCUCGCGCUAGUCUGAGAGAGCGUCCCUUGUCGUAAGGUCAUUCUUUCUACGUCCAUUCGAGUUAAUUGUUUGAACGGACUUGUGAUUGUUUGUUUGUCGGAAAAAAAAAAAACCCAAAAGAACUAGUUGAGAAAAAAGAAACAAAAAGAUGUCUCGGAUUGCAUUGUUGGUGCUGCUCCCGCUCCUGUAUCUCUCUGUUGAGGCGGAAAACCCUUACAGAUACUUCAACUGGAACAUCACCUAUGGCACCAUAUCUCCUCUUGGAGUUCCUCAAAAGGCUAUCCUGAUCAACAACGAGUUCCCUGGUCCCAACAUCAACUCGACCACCAACGAUAACAUCGUCGUUAAUGUCUUCAACAAUCUGGACCAACCUUUCCUCCUCUCAUGGAACGGUAUCCAGCAGAGGAAGAACUCUUGGCAGGAUGGGAUGCCCGGGACCAACUGUCCAAUCCCCCCGGGCCAGAACUUCACUUACCAUUUCCAGGUCAAGGAUCAGAUUGGUUCUUACUUCUACUUCCCUUCCAUGUACAUGCACAAGGCUGCCGGUGCCUUUGGCGGCCUGCGAAUCAACAGCCGCCUCUAUAUCCCUGUCCCAUUUGACGACCCCGCUGACGACUACACUGUUCUCAUUGGUGACUGGUACGCCUCUGACCACAACACCCUAAGGCGCCGCCUCGACUCUGGCCGAUCCAUCGGCCAGCCAGAUGGUGUCCUCAUCAAUGGGAUGAACAAACCCAACAAGGCGAACAAGCCACUCUUCAACAUGGAGCCUGGCAAGACCUACCGCUACCGCAUCUGCAAUGUUGGCCUCAAGACAUCACUCAACUUCCGGAUUCAGGGCCAUACCUUGAAGCUGGUUGAGAUUGAGGGCUCCCAUACCGUACAGAACAUUUAUGAAUCCCUCGACGUCCACGUGGGGCAGUGCUACUCGGUCCUAGUCACUGCCAACAAGGUCCCCCGUGACUACUACAUUGUGGCUUCGACCCGCUUCACCAACAAGUACACCCACACUGCCACAGCCCUCAUCCACUACACCGGCUCCAAGAAGCCCGCACCCCUCAUGCUCCCACCGGCCCCUACCGGUGUGGCCUGGUCCCUUAACCAGUUCAGGUCCUUCAGGUGGAACCUCACUGCCAGUGCUGCCCGCCCCAACCCCCAGGGCUCAUUCCACUAUGGCCAGAUCAAUAUAACACGCACCAUUAAGCUCUCCAACUCCGUUGGAUUCGUCAAAAGUAAGCUCCGCUACGCCAUGAAUGGUGUCUCGUACGUGCGCCCCUCCACCCCUCUGAAGCUCGCCGAGUACUACGGUGUGGCCGCCCGCGUGUUCGACACCAAGGCGAUCGCCGACAUGCCACCUGCUUCCCCCCAAAUCAAGCUGGCCCCUGCCGUGGUGAAGGGGAACUUCCGUGACUUCAUCGAGAUCGUGUUCGAGAACAGGGAGAAGAGCAUCCAGUCGUGGCACCUCGAUGGCUACUCCUUCUUCGCCGUCGGGAUGAGCGGCGGGCAGUGGACACCAGCAAGCCGCAAGGUUUACAACCUACUCGACGCUGUGAGCAAGCACACCAUACAGGUGUACCCCAAUUCGUGGACAGCAGUGCUGCUGACCAUCGACAACGCCGGUAUGUGGAGCUUGCGGUCUGAGCUCUGGGAGAGACAGUACCUGGGGCAGCAGCUCUACCUCAGCGUCGUCUCUCCGGCCCGAUCCCUCAGGGACGAGUACAACAUGCCCGACAAUGCCAGGCUUUGUGGCAUCGUCAAGCGCAUGCCCAAGCCCGCCCCAUACACUUGAAGAGAAAAAAGACACAGACUACACCCCGAUCAACCUAACCACUUCUUAAUAUUUUCUUACUUUUCAUUUAUUCUUCACCCACUCAUCAUAUAUUUCUUAUAUUCCUCUAACUCAAUCAAACCAAUCAACUGAAAGAAUAAAAACAAGGCAAGGAAGAAGAAGAAGCAGCAGCAGCAGCAACAGUGUAACUAACUACUAUUACUACUUGUUGGGAAGUUGCUUAAUCUUGGAAAUGAGAUCCAAUUCAAUCCAAUUUUUUCUAUUGUUUGUUUCUUUGCU